CUGGUGGGUGUUUCAUAAAGCUGUUCGUGACUUACGAUGGACUGGUGACCUAUUCUUAGGAACUAAAUCAGAUGUUAAUCUGGUGUAACAGACCAACGGACUAACAGGAAAAGUGAUCACUAGCAAAAAGGAUCUAAAAGGCAAUUAACCUGUGGAUUUGGUAUUCUUUUAAUAGGAACUGCACCUUCGGUCUAAAAGAAGUCACAAAAAUUCAGUCUCUUUUUGCACCUUUGCUAUUAUAAUCAUUUAGGUUUCAUAAAAUAAGUCCUUGCACUUUCAAAGUUUCGAUGGUAUUUUAGAAUCUUAACCUCGAUUAAGCUUUCGAUAUUGCUACAACAAGGUCAAGGUUUCUUGUCGGCAAAUGGAGAAACAGGAGAUAGAAGACUAAUACUCCCAUCUGCCCAUUGAAAUGAAGUCACCUUUAUUAAAAUGCUCUCCGAUCAAAUACCUUGAUGCCGCCAAUGAAAGUAAUAAAUUGUCCAUCAUUAUCUCUUUUGCAUUGUACUUAUAGAAAUACCUUUCACUCUAGCAUCGAGAUAUCCAUCGCUUUGACUGGGAGUGUAAUAAUCAUGGAUGUUCAUAAUCUUCCCAAGACUGAAAGAACUCGAAGCCAAAGUGAGAUUUUGAGACACCGUUCUUCAUUAGUAAUCUCAAGAACUCUUGAUUCACCAAAUCGGACCAGAAGCGAUCCUUGCCUAAACCCGAAUGGACCUGUUAGCCGUUCAACGAUUUGCAACGCAGCAUACGACACUUUGGGGGAGCUUGAUGAAAACAACAACAUCAACGCUGAAAAUUUGACUUCAGAUUGGAGUGAUCAUUCAGACUUUGAAAGCUCGAACUAAAGUCACUCAUCUAAGAGUAACAAUGAGUCAGUCUCUACACAGUUUGCUUGCUCGAUAAACCGUUAUAAAGGCGUGACACUAGCCCUGCUUUCAACGAUAAUCCUGUCUUUUGCAACAUUGACGGUGGCACUCCUAAGUGGAAGAGUGUCAUCCAACGAGGUGGUCUUUGCACAGAUGCUUGUUGAAUUGUUGUUGUGCUUUCCAUUAGCCACCCUAGCAAGGGUGUCUGUUAUUCUUUCAGGGAAGGCUCUCUACCUUGUCUUGUUUCGCUCUAUAAUGGGCUCGAUCGGAACGACACUGGCUUUCUUUGCUUUUCAGGUAAUGCCAAUCGGCAACGCUAAAGCGAUCAUCUACACCUCACCAGUAUUCACCGGACUCUUCAGCUGCAUAUUGCUUCGUGAAGCUUGCCCUGCCCUGGACAUUCUGUUAUCCGCCUUGACACUGUCCGGUGUUCUAUUGGUCAUCCAGCCGCCGUUUAUCUUCGGAGGAGAACAGACAUCCACGAACAUCCUAGGACCGAUAUUUUGCCUCAUUGUUGCAGCUCUGGCCGGUCUUGUCUUCAUCAGCCUUCGGAAGAUUGGAUCGUACCUGAUCCAUCCAAUUGUAAUCUUGAUAUAUUUUUCGUCCGUUGGAAUGGUAAUGAGUGCAGUCCUGUCUAGUGCCCUCCGCGAGUGGGUCAUACCACGAUGUGGCAGAGACCGUGUACUACUCAUUCUCACAGGAGCUCUCCUGUUGAUGUCCCAAAUCUGUCUAACUCUGGCGCUGAGAUACGAGAAAGCUACGACCGUCUCUCUCAUCAGGACGUGCGACGUCCUUUUUACGUUUAUCCUAGACUAUUUGUUCUUCGCGAUUAUCCCAAAUGCAAUAACGAUAUCUGGCGCGCUGUUGAUUGUUGGCAGUCUCGUUGGAAUCACCCUUCGCAAGUGGCAAACGGAAAAGAAGGGAUCGGCAAAAGCUUCUGAAGAUCAGACGCCAAAACCGGAACUCAAUGAAGGAUUCAGUAGUGACAACGUGUCGAUAACAAGUUCAAGAGAGGCAUAAUACAUUAAUGACAAGAACUUUGAGAACUUUAACUGUUAACAGGUAAAAAGUAUAGUUAUUAUACAGUCCGUGCCGGAAAAAAAACUAAGCUAAGAUUUUCGGUGAUUUAUCAAAUCGUAAUCACAAAGAGACUUGACAUAUAUUAACAUUAUUCGUAAUUUGUAAUAUUACUGAAUAUUGGAAAAUAAAUGCGGAAGGGCGAAGCGAGUAAGCAAAAAAAUAUCCCUUUUCCAUUUAUACCAAAUUGUUAUAAAUUACAUCUUCUAAAUGUUAAUAAAAGACUAUACCAUUUAAGAGCAUGGAAAACAACGGAAAUUCUAAACUUUGACGAAUACUAGGGCCUUAUUUUAAAGAAAAUCUAGGUGAUAAACGAAUUGAUAUAAAGGUUAUAACAGUCUUCAUAUUUUUUGGCU